AAGAACCUGCCUCUUCUGGCUCUCAGGAUAGAAAAAAGCGUCGAUGCCGGCUGCAGCAAUGAGUUGUAGGAGGCGCUGGCUGCCCCGCGGCUCCGGGAAGCUGCUGCUGGCCUCUUUGCAGGUCCCUCUCAGCUGUCCAUUCCUCAGAUGAGCCACUCUGCGAGUCACAGUUCUGUCAGCUUAAAGAAGGAAUCCGACUUGAUGGUGGCGCCUUGAUGGCAAGAAUAAAUAGAAGUUGAAGGCAAGGAUGCACUCAUCUCUCUUGGGCGUCUAAGGCUUGGUGUGGCUGAGCCUCUUCAAUAAUGUAUCGCUGUCAUUGAACAUUGGCUCAUUUGAACACACCAGAGAAGCUCAGCCACCACUAUGUCCAAGUAUAAACUUAUUAUGUUAAGACAUGGAGAGGGUGCUUGGAAUCAGGAGAAUCGUUUUUGUAGCUGGGUGGAUCAGAAACUUAACAGUGAAGGAAUAGAGGAAGCGAAGAACUGUGGGAAGCAACUGAAAGCACUAAACUUUGAGUUUGAUCUAGUGUUCACAUCUGUCCUUAAUCGGUCCAUCCACACAGCCUGGCUAAUCCUGGAAGAGCUGGGUCAGGAAUGGGUUCCUGUGGAAAGCUCCUGGCGUCUAAAUGAGCGUCACUAUGGAGCCUUGAUUGGUCUCAAUAGGGAGAAAAUGGCUUUGAAUCAUGGUGAAGAACAAGUGAGGCUCUGGAGAAGAAGCUACAAUGUGACUCCACCUCCCAUUGAUGAGUCUCAUCCUUACUACCAUGAAAUCUACAAUGACCGGAGGUAUAAAGUGUGUGACGUGCCUGUGGAUCAACUGCCACGAUCUGAAAGCUUAAAGGAGGUUCUGGAGAGACUGCUUCCCUAUUGGAAUGAAAGGAUUGCUCCUGAAGUAUUAAGUGGCAAAAACAUUCUGAUAUCUGCUCAUGGAAAUAGCAGUAGAGCACUCCUGAAACAUCUGGAAGGUAUCUCAGAUGAAGACAUUAUCAACAUAACCCUUCCUACUGGUGUCCCCAUUCUCCUGGAACUGGAUGAAAACCUGCAUGCUGUUGGACCCCACCAAUUCCUGGGUGACCAGGAGGCUAUCCAGGCAGCCAUUAAGAAAGUAGAGGAUCAAGGAAAAGUAAAACAAGCUGGAAAAUAAAGUUUUUCUCAAGUGCUAGCUAGGAAUAGCUGCAAACGGAGUGUACACAGUGUGUUAAGGAUGCUGAUCUCUUGCUUUCUCCCUCUUUUUAAUAUGAAUUUGCUUUUUCCAGGGGUAGACUGUGAGAUAGUUUGUAUAGGUAACUUAUCUUGGUCCAGAUAAUGAUUUUAGGAUGCCUGAGUGCUUUUGUCAUAAACCUUAUAUGAGUUAGCUCUCCUGCUAGCCCUGCUUGAAUUUGACACCAAACCAGUGACACGGGGCUUGUUCAAGGUCGUAAGUUUCUGAGAUGGGAGAGUAGUAGGUGGGGUGAAGUUUAAGGUGUUCAUCAUGCAGUAAGACAUUACUGAGUUACCAUUGUCAGGCACUAUUCCAAGGUUGAGGUUACAGCAGUAAAUAAAAGAUAAAAAUCCUUAUAAGUUUGCAUUGGACCUCACUUAGUAAUUAAGAAUUUCACUCUUACAUUUACUGAGAUUUUCUGAUAUUCUGGUGAGAGAUAUUAUGUAAUAUACCACUUAAGUAUUUAUUACUAGUCAUUUCCUCUAGGAAAAGGAAUGCUUGAUAAUUAAGACCAGAGGGCCAUUAAAUGCAAAAGAGCAGGAGUUCCUCCAAGAAAGCAAACACCAAUGACAACAACAACCAAAACUCUAACUUGUCUCUAGUUCAGGGACAUCAUUUGUUUGGCAUUUGUUAAAAUUCCUCUUUGGCCAGUAGAAUAAUCAGCACAUAGACAACUGUAGGUGUUUAUGUUCUCAUUUGUUUUGUUUUUGUUUUAUGAGCUUUAAUUUCUGAGUACUUAAAAUUGAUUUAGAAAUAAAGUUCUGUGACUGAAAGCAGUA